AUGUUUCGCUUCAUAGCUCUAUUCGCUUUUGUCAGUUGUGCCUAUGCCGGCACUUUUCCCGAUUAUUUGGAAGGACGCAUUGUAAAUGGUGUUAAUACCACCAUACAAGCUCAUCCCUAUCAAGUUUCGUUGCAACUCAACAAUGGUUUCCAUUUCUGUGGUGGUUCCAUCAUCAGCGAAGAUAUUAUUAUAACAGCAGCUCAUUGCAUGCAAAGAUACAAACCUUCCGAAUUCAAAGUACGUUUGGGUUCUACUGAAUACGAUAAUGGUGGUAAAUUGGUGGCUGUCAAAGGUUUCAAAUUCCAUGAAGGUUACAAUCCCAAAACCAUGGUCAACGAUGUAGCUGUCAUCAAACUAGCCGCUCCUGUUCGUGAAUCUGCCAACAUCCGUUACGUUAAAUUGUCUGAAAGAACACCGGCCACAGGCACAACUGCUGUUGUUACCGGCUGGGGUGCCAAAUGCUUCUUGUUGUGCCAAACUGCUCCCAAAGUAUUGCAAAAAGUCGAAGUUGAUAUUGUUGAUGAGCAGCAGUGUGCUUCCAGUGAGUACAAAUAUGGUGACCAAAUCAAGGAAACCAUGUUGUGUGCUUAUGCUGUUAAGAAAGAUGCUUGCCAAGGUGAUUCUGGUGGCCCAUUGGUUGCCAAUAAUGAAUUGGUGGGUGUUGUGUCUUGGGGUAAAGGCUGUGCUAUUUCUGGAUAUCCUGGUGUUUAUUGUGAUGUUGCUGUUGUCCGCAGCUGGAUCGAAAAAACUGUCAAGGAGUUUGUGAAAGAGAUUGCUUUCUUUUAAAUGAAUUUAUUUU